GGGGCAGUCUGAAAGGCUGGCUGCAGAGUAUGCAGCCACUUGCACAAUGUUACUGCACUCUGCCAGGGUGGCAAGGCGAGGACACUGCAGAAGAAAAAUUAGGGGAAUCUGUGCUUCUGCUCUUCAGCUGUGCCUGCACAUUUGAGGAUUCAGCUACUGCCAGUUUUGAAGAUGAAUACAUGAAGCACUGUGAAGCACAUUAAAGCACAGGUACCAGUGGUGCAUGCCAAAACUCUGCUCCCAGACCUGUGAUCCGAUGCCAAGCCUCCUGCUUCCAGUUACACAAGCCUUCCACCUCUUGCUCCAGAGGCUGCGAGCACAGGUUCGACCAUCUCCAGGGGGUCAGGAGGGUGCUGCAGGCUCAGCCCUGCUGCUGCUGGCAACCAUGCAUACAGCUCACCGGCACUGAUUUAACAAAAAAGGCAGUAGUUGUUGGAUUGAGUAUCAGCUUGUUCAGCCUUUACGAUAAAGAAAGUAAAUUGCUUUCAGAGUAUUUAAAAGGGUGUGCCAGGAGUGGACUCAGCUUUGCUCUUUAGAAGCCCUGAGGCUCUGGGAGACGCCAGGAUCUCUUCAGCAAAGUCUGCCACACGCUACACCAAAAUGUUCAACCAAAGUAAACAGAAACCAACAAUGAAGCUGAUGUGGCAAGCAUGGCUGAUCUACACAGCCUUGGCUGCGCACCUCCCUGAAGAACAAGCCCUGAGACAGGCCUGUCUUUCAUGCGAUGCCACUCAGUCAUGCAACUGCUCUUUCAUGGGUUUGGACUUCAUUCCCCCGGGGCUCACAGGCAAAAUCACGGUGUUAAACCUGGCCCACAACAGGAUAAAGCUGAUCCGAACACAUGAUCUGCAAAAGGCUGUGAACCUGAGAACCCUGCUGCUGCAGUCCAACCAAAUCAGCUCCAUAGACGAGGACUCGUUUGGCUCUCAGGGGAAACUGGAGCUCUUGGACUUGUCAAAUAAUAGCCUGGCUCACUUGUCCCCAGUGUGGUUUGGGCCCCUUUUUUCGCUCCAACACCUUCGCAUUCAAGGCAAUUCCUACAGCGACCUGGGGGAAAGUUCCCCCUUUUCCAGCCUGAGAAACUUGAGCUCCCUCCACCUGGGCAACCCACAGUUCUCCAUCAUCAGGCAAGGAAACUUUGAGGGCAUUGUGUUUCUCAACACGCUGAGGAUCGACGGUGACAAUCUCAGUCAGUAUGAGCCUGGAAGUCUGAAAUCGAUCAGGAAGAUAAAUCACAUGAUCAUAAGCAUAAGAAGGAUUGACGUAUUCUCAGCAGUCAUCAGGGACCUUCUGCACUCUGCCAUUUGGUUAGAAGUUAGAGAGAUCAAAUUAGAUAUUGAAAAUGAAAAACUGGUUCAGAACUCUACUCUUCCUUUGACGAUACAGAAACUUACAUUUACCGGUGCUUCAUUCACAGAUAAAUAUAUUAGCCAAAUAGCAGUGCUAUUGAAGGAAAUUAGAUCUUUGAGAGAGUUAGAAGCAAUAGAUUGUGUGCUUGAGGGGAAAGGAGCAUGGGAUAUGACAGAAAUUGCAAGAAGUAAGCAAAGUUCUAUUGAAACACUAUCAAUAACAAAUAUGACUAUUCUGGAUUUUUAUUUGUUCUUUGACCUGGAAGGUAUAGAGACACAGGUAGGUAAGCUGAAAAGACUCAGCAUUGCAAGCUCUAAAGUCUUCAUGGUACCAUGCAGACUAGCAAGAUAUUUUUCAUCACUUUUAUAUCUUGAUUUCCAUGAUAAUUUGCUUGUAAAUAAUCGCUUAGGAGAGACAAUCUGUGAAGAUGCAUGGCCUUCUUUACAAACUCUAAAUCUAAGUAAAAAUUCUCUGAAAUCCCUAAAACAGGCUGCAAGAUAUAUAAGUAAUCUACACAAACUGAUUAAUCUUGACAUUAGUGAAAACAAUUUUGGUGAGAUUCCAGACAUGUGUGAAUGGCCUGAAAACCUGAAAUAUCUGAAUCUCUCCAGCACUCAAAUUCCCAAAUUAACAACUUGCAUUCCCUCAACUCUUGAAGUGCUGGACGUUAGUGCUAACAACCUGCAGGAUUUUGGACUGCAACUGCCAUUUCUCAAGGAGCUGUACCUGACAAAAAACCAUCUGAAGACCUUGCCUGAAGCCACAGACAUUCCUAACUUAGUGGCCAUGUCGAUCAGCAGAAACAAGCUCAACAGCUUCUCCAAGGAAGAGUUUGAGUCCUUCAAGCAAAUGGAGCUGCUGGAUGCCAGCGCCAAUAACUUUAUCUGCUCCUGUGAAUUCCUCUCCUUCAUUCACCAUGAGGCAGGGAUAGCCCAGGUGCUUGUGGGGUGGCCAGAAAGCUACAUCUGUGACUCUCCGCUGACAGUGCGAGGGGCACAGGUUGGGAGUGUGCAGCUGUCACUGAUGGAGUGCCACCGGUCCCUCCUAGUGUCCUUGAUCUGCACCCUGGUGUUCCUGUUCAUCCUCAUCCUGGUGGUCGUUGGGUACAAGUACCAUGCAGUCUGGUACAUGAGAAUGACCUGGGCAUGGCUCCAAGCCAAGCGGAAGCCCAAGCGAGCCCCCACGAAAGACAUCUGCUACGACGCUUUUGUCUCCUACAGUGAGAACGACUCCAACUGGGUGGAAAACAUCAUGGUGCAGCAGCUGGAGCAGGCAUGUCCCCCCUUUAGGCUGUGCCUCCAUAAGCGGGACUUUGUGCCUGGGAAGUGGAUUGUGGACAACAUCAUUGACUCCAUUGAGAAGAGCCACAAGACGCUCUUUGUGCUAUCAGAGCACUUUGUGCAGAGCGAGUGGUGCAAGUAUGAGCUGGAUUUCUCGCACUUUCGCCUUUUUGACGAGAACAACGAUGUGGCGAUCCUCAUCCUGCUGGAGCCCAUUCAGAGCCAGGCGAUCCCCAAGAGGUUCUGCAAACUGCGGAAGAUAAUGAACACCAAGACCUACCUGGAGUGGCCUCCUGAUGAAGAGCAACAGCAGAUGUUUUGGGAAAACUUGAAAGCAGCCUUGAAGUCAUAGGACAGGUUAGGAGCUCGUUUCAGUAUAUUUCCAGAAAGUAUAUUUAUAUAUAUUUACAGAUACAUAAGAUAAUGGAUAUAUACAUGUGUAUAUGAGUUUCGCAUGUUUAGUGAGUCUUGUGGCAACCUGAAGUCGUCUCUGGAAGGAUAAAGUUAUAUGUGACUUUUUCUAAGUUUGUGUUGCUGGAGCAUAAGCGCAGAGGAAUGUAAAUGAAUGUGUCAGUGUAUUUCCACAAUGGUCAGUGUUUUUAACUGCUAAGAAAUUUAACUUUUUAAGUUUUUUAUGCCUGAUGAGAACUGGCUUUCCUGUGAAUAGAUAAAACCGUCAUGUUACUAAAUGAAAAAGAACAACUUCAGGCUUUUUGGUAAUUUGAUGUUCUGAUCUUUCAAAAUCCUUGCCAGUAGCAGUGGUAUUUGGGAGUCAUGCUGGACUUUAGAUACUUUUCUAAAUAAAUUAGCUGAUCUUCUUAGUGUUUUUCUGUAGUCUUUCCUGCUGUCAUCAUAUCACUGAUUAAUUCCUAACAAUUCCAUUGUAAUUGACAUUCAAUAAUAAAAGCCAAAUGCUUCAAUA